AUGGCCGACCAGGACCAUUCCAACCUCCCUUACAAGCCGCGCCAGCGACGUGCUCGUCCAGACAGGCCGCUCCCGGCUCCUCCUCCCGAAGAGGACGCCUGGAGAACCACCACGGGCAUUGAGAACAACUUUGAUGGCGACUACAUGUCGCCUCCGUCGCCGCCGCGCGCACCCGCUCAGCCGACUUACCAGCCUCCCCCUAUCGAGAGCUUGAGCAUUGCCGAGGACAAGGCUGGUGGUAACGGCGAUGCACCUGAGAGCAGUCUCGCCGAGGCCAUGGCCACGUCCCUCGGCGGCGGCGGCGGCGACAGUGCUGCCGCACCUGCUCCCCGUCCUCCUCGUCCCGCUGCAGCGCCGCGAGUACGCCCUCCUGUUCCCAAGACCAAUGCCCAGUACAGCUCAGCCCACAUCAACCCGUACCACACCACCCUGCCCAGCGGCGACCUCGUCCCGCCCACGAUCCUCACGCCCCUGCGAGCCCAUUACCUCAAGAAGAGCCUCGUCAACAUGCAGAUCGCGUACGAGAUCAACAUGAUUACCGACCCGGUACUGGGAGCCAACGCAUUGGGGCUGUUGGGACCGCCCUUUGUGCUUCCCGACGCUGCAAAGGAGCACGUCGCCGCGCGCGUCGGCAGCGAGGCGGUGCCCUCGGCGUCGGACAUGGGCGACCUGCCGUUCCUGCGGUUCAUGUUCCACCAGUUCCUCCUCCCCUUCCCCUUCCUCGCUGCUGCGCCGCCCAGCUUCUGGUCGGCCAAAGUACAGCCAUUCCUGUCAUCUUUCCUCGCUACGACAGGCAUGGUGACGCACUCGACCCUGACGCCCGACGAGCAGGACGUGGCCGAAUCACUCAUGACUAAAGAUGAGAGGAAAGAGGCCGAGGAACGCCGCAAGCUCUGGGUCAAGGUCGAGAAGCAUCUUGGACUCAUGAUCGGCGUGGGCAUCAAGCUCGACGGCGGCGAGGAAGUGGUCCGUAUCUCGCAAUCGGAGCUGCGCAGGAUCGAAGCCACCCAGCAGACCCGGCACAAGAAGUGGGCAGACAAGCACCCACAGCUGGCAGAGGCGAUCAUGUUCGACGUCAACGUCGUCGGCGUCCGGGCCGUCGUGGAGAAGGGCCGUGUGCGAAGCAGGAGCCAUGAGGAGUUCAUCAUCCGUACGCAGCGGUCGGGCGUCCAUGACGUCUUUGUCUCGAGGCGCUAUGGCGAUUUCCGUCGUCUCGCCGAGGAGCUCCGCGCCCACUUUCCAGAGGCGCCGCUGCCCAACCCGCCGCCCAAGAACAAGACCGUCUCAACCGCGCCGCCUGCCACUGCACAGGGCUACAGCGCGUACAACCCGAUGCGCAUGAUAUACGGCUCGGGCGUCUCGCCAUCCCCGUCGGGCGCCUCGACGCCAAAGGCCGGCGCACCGCCCACGCCGGGCCUCGACGAGCAGCCCGAGUCGCCCUUGUCCCCCGGCCCGCUCUCGCGCGAACGCAAUCGCCUCACACUCCGCGCGUACCUCGGUGCCAUCCUCGCCAUCCCCGAAAUCGCCAACUCGCCCAUCAUGCGUUCCUUCCUCCUCUCGCAGCCGACGACACUGACGCCGCCCGAGGCCGCCGACAUUCAGCGCCGCCUCGAGGCCGACGCUGUCCGCGAGGAGGGCCGCAAGCGUUUCCGCGAGGAGGCCGAGCGGCGCGUCGAGGCCCUCCGCGAGGGUCUGUCACAGUUCAAGGGCGACGUGCUCACCAAAGAGGGCGGCCUCAAGGGUGUCUUUGAGGUCGUCAGGAGGGUCGAGAGGGUGGAGGACCUGCCGCCUGCCGAGCGCUCCGUGCUCGAGUGGGGUCGUAUCUCGCUCGCAGCUACCAUCUUCCAGAUCUACGUCGCGUCCGACACGGCGUCCGACUCGCUUGCGGGUCUCAAGCGUCUGCACGGCAUCAUGCCGUACUUUGUCCUCAAGGGUAUCUUGAAGAUCUCCAACCCCAUGGCUAUGAUUCGAGGUGAGCUAGCCCAUGGCAUUGUCUCCCAAGCUGACAUUCAGGCGUUCUGGACCUCUUCCUCGCGCGUCCGUUUGGCGGCCAGAGUCUUCUCCAGAGGUGGGUUCUGA